CACAAAAGCCAUGUCGAUUCACCAAGCGUAAACUUGAUAAAAUGCAACAACCGAUGCAGGGGGCCUCCAAGCACCAAUAAGCCGGGGCGGCCAAGCAUCAAACUGCAGCGCGAGGACCAAGUCCAGUUAAAGGCUGGUCGCUAAAUUCCAGUUAAAACCGGGCCCUGACAUUAUCGCCGGGCGAGCCCAUCACAUCACAUCCACCCAUCACAACAUCGCCCCGAUCUGGACUCCUGACCUGAGCGCCGCAGCUGGAACCAAUCUCCACCUCCGCAAUUUUGUGACUGGCACAAGCAUCCUCUUCCUCCCUCCUUACUCUUCCCUUGAGCAUUCCUUUGAUCGAACCACCCGCCAUCCGAAAUCACCUCCACCAGCAACCUCUGAGGCUUCUGUGCCUCGAGUGUUGCUGGGUUUUCAUCAUUCUUUUGGCCUUCACGCCGAAACUUAUCCAAAGGCACACCGCGAGCACCUUGAAGGUGGCUGCAAGUGGAGCGCUUGGUGAUUCUACAGUUUUCCGGCAGACUGGCGAUGCCCUUCCACGACAACAGAUUCUAGCCCUCUCACCGUUCGAUCGCACGAUUAUGUCGACUUUCGCUCUCUUAUUCAGCUGAAUCAUUGCAUCACUCAAUAUAUCCUGGAUUACCUCUUCACCCAUCCCACCAUGUCGCCGCUGACAAACUCUCCGUCAAACCUCUCCGCUACCUCCGACGGCCAAACCUUUGCGAGCCUUCCCGUCAGUUCAUCUCCUCAAAUCCGAGCCGAAGACAUCGAGUUACCUCCGUCUCCUUCGGAACUGGAACCUGAAUCCAGCUCCUCCCCUUCACCUAGAUCGUCUCCCUCGAGGAGUGUCGAGACACUUCCGAAACACGCUCAUUUUCUCUCACAGAACAUCACACCCUCAAGGCCUCGUGCUGCAUCUCCACCCAGAAGGGUGAGGCCACUGUCGGUAGGAGGUGUGGCCAACGCGCCGCCAAUGCAAAGAGCCCACUCAUCGCCUGGUGUUGACGCUUCGGGCCGGUACAUUACUCCUUACGGUGUCCCGAGAAGACCGUCUUCGCCACUACAUUCAGGAAGAAGAAGAAGCCCGUUACGGGCAGCUGUGGAAGAGCCGUAUCCCGGCGUUCCAUCCUGGAGUGGCCUCAAUAUUGAACCCAACAUACCAGAAAAUGAAGAGCUUGAACUUACAGUAGACGCGGAUGCGUCCCAACCUUCGCCCAUGUCAUCCUUCUCCAAUACCUUCCCAAGAGCCAGACGGCGAGGUGCACAACCGCUUCACCAGAGCGCAAGUGCCCCAUCUCUGUACGCGAGGGCCAUGAGUCCUAGUGUAUCUGGAAGGACAUCACCAUCGCCAUCGUUUGCUCCGCAGAAGUACACCUACGAGCCAUAUCCCAUGUAUUCUCUCAGUUCUGCUUCGAGCAUGCCCAGUACCCCAACAUCGCUGCGAUCUCGGUCGCCGUCCAUCAGCUCGUUGGAAACAAUAGAGGACGCACCAGAUGCGGAAGAGGCUGCAGUGCUUGAGGAAGAGGAAGCCAAGUUGAGGGGCGAGGAUGGAGAUGCAGGCGACGUGCGGCGAAGAAGUUCCCUCGAGAUCCGAGGGGGAAAUCUGAGGAGCAACAAGGAAAGAAAGCGAUGGUCGGUCUGUGGAGCGGAGCGAAGGGCGGACUUCUCUUUGGAACCCAUUGAAGAAUGAUUUGGGAGGCAGCUUUUGUCCGGGGCACACAAAAAUAGGGUUUGCGCGCUGGAGACGUGGCAGAGGCUUACGCAACAUUCAAAUUGAUUUUGGUAUGGAGUCAGGAACAAGGAUGACCUCAACCCGGAAAGUGCAUACGAAAGAAUUACGGGAUCGUUGGAGGCGGCGCCUUUUCAGAGAUACCCACCGAGCAAGCAGUCAGUGUUAUUUUACAUUCAUGAAGACAUGGCAUAGCAUAGCGUUGCAUAGGAAGAAGACGUGGAACCAGGCAGCAGAGGCCACACGAUGAACUCUGACGAGAAAUACGAGCAUAGAAAAGCCAUGUUGCUUCC